AUGGAUAUUAAAACUAAAAAAGUUUCUUUAAAAAACUCAAAACAAAUUGAGUAUUAUUUGAAUGAAGAUCUAACAGAUGAAGAUCCAAUAAAAAUACCAACAGAUGCGUUUCUUCCUCAAGUUGGAGAUAUAUUUGAAGGAGAUAUUGUUAUGGACAACGUCUUAAGAUCAGCAAUACUGGCUACAAAUACAAAAAAAAGCGUGAUUUCAUCAUCAAUGGAAAACGGCCCAAAUCGUUGGCCAAACGCUGUAAUUCCAUAUGACUUUGAUAGUACUUUGCUACCGACCAUUAAAGAAGGAAUUUUGUAUGCUAUUGCAGAACUUGAUAAGUUUACUUGUGUAAGAUUUGUUCCUAGAAACCUUGAAUAUGAUAAUGAUUUUGUUCGAUUCACUUCAACUAAAGAAGGAUGCAGUUCUUCAGUUGGUCGACAAGGUGGAAUGCAAUACGUUCAACUUGGAAACGGCUGUCAGCGUAUAGGCACAGUUCUUCAUGAGAUGAUGCAUGCAAUUGGAUUUAUACAUGAACAGUCAAGAUCAGACCGUAAUAAUUACGUCGACGUGAAGUUUGAUAACAUUAUUACAAGUUUAAUUGGCAACUUCUACAUGUAUUCGUUUGGAAAUAUCAAUAACUUAAAUGUUCCUUAUAAUUAUUGGAGCGUUAUGCAUUACAGCAACGAUGCUUUUUCCAAAAAUGGUAAAGAUACUUUAGUUGCAAAAGUAGACCAGGGUUUAAAGUUUGGGCAGAGGACUCAAUUAUCACAUCUAGAUGUUCAACAAAUCAACCGAUUGUACCCGUGUCCACAUCCUAAAGUUAAUCACUAUGACGUGGAUUAUCUAAUACAAGAUAUGACACCCGAUGUUGUUAAAAAUAAUAAUAAACAGGUUUAAGCUAAUAUAAUCAGAUUAAGAUUGUAACAUAUAACAGAAAUAACUUGUACAAAAAAAAAGAAAAUUAAUUAAUUAAUUAUCAUAAUUAUGUAAUUAUAAUUUGAUAAAUG